UCUUUCCUUUUCUCUCAGUGCUUCAAUGGCUGCCUCAGUCAAAAGCAAUGGCAGGCGUUCUUUAGCAAUGGAGAGAACUGGCCAAUGUGCUUCAAUGGCUGCCUCAGUCAAGAGCAAUAGCAGGCUUUCUCUAGCCAUGGAGAGAAGUGGCCAAUGGGUUUUUUCUCAAGAGAUUCCAACAGAUGUAGUAGUGGAAGUUGGGGAGGCCAUUUUCUCUCUACAUAAGUUCAUGCUCGUCGCUAAGAGUGGAUACAUCAGAAAUCUGAUCAUGGAAUCCGAUCAACCCGAUCUGACCCGUAUCGAGCUUCCAGGUGUUCCUGGUGGGCCUGAGAUCUUUGAGAAGGCCGCUAAAUUCUGUUACAGCGUCAACUUCGAGAUAACCGUCCACAACGUAGCGGCCCUCCGAUGCGCCGCGGAAUAUCUCAGAAUGACGGAGAAAUAUUGCGAAGGGAAUCUCGCUAAUCGGACGGAGGAAUUCCUUGCAUGCGUCGGCUUGACGAGCUUAGCGAACACCGUCGCCGUUUUGAAAUCUUGUGAGAGUUUGCUUCCGAUGGCCGAAGAGCUGAAGAUCGUGCAAAGAUGCAUAGAUACUGCAAGUAUUAAGGCAUGCAAUGAGGCGAAUUUCCCAACCCGUUCACCUCCGGAGUGGUGGACAAAAGAGCUAUCGAUUCUCGACAUAGCCUUCUUCAGGAAAGUCCUCACCUCCAUGAAAUCACGCAACACCAAGACCCAAACCAUAGUGUCGGCAUUGAUUACCUACUCCGAGCAAUCACUACGUGAGCUCGUCCGCGACCACUCUGGCAAUGGCACUGCCACUUCCUACGCCGACCCUGGCGACGCCAAUCUCCGAAAACACCAAAAGAACAUUCUAGAAUCAAUAAUCAGUCUCUUACCAUCCGAUAAGGCUUCAUUCCCAAUCAACUUCCUAUGUUGUCUUCUACGUGCCGCGAUCUUCUUGAACACGUCCGUGAAUUGCAAGAACGAGCUUGAGAAGCGAAUAUCGGCAAUCUUGGAGCAUGUGACUGUGGCUGAUCUUUUGGUGUUUUCAUUUACAUAUGAUGGGGAGCGGUUGUUUGAUUUAGAUAGUGUGAGGAGAAUUAUAUUUGGGUUUGUGGAGAAGGAACGGAAUGCUGGAGUAUUCAACGGUGGAGAUUAUGGGGAGAAGGGGUGUUGGACUGUGGCCAUGCAGAAGGUGGCGAAGACGACGGAUGCCUACCUUGCGGAGAUUGCAACGGACAGAGAUCUCAGCAUAUCGAAGUUUACUGGGAUUGCGGUGAUCGUCCCAAAAGGAGCGAGGAAAGUCGAUGAUGAUAUCUAUCGAGCCAUUGAUAUCUACUUGAAGGCCCACCCGGGUCUUGACGAGAUCGAGCGCGAGAAAGUGUGCAGUGUGAUGGACCCGCUAAAGCUCUCCUAUGAGGCCCGCGUGCACGCAUCACAAAACAAGCGAUUACCGGUCCAGAUUGUGCUCCACGCUCUCUACUACGAUCAGCUCAAGUUGAGAAGUGGUGUCGAAGAUAAACCCAGGACGCCAGAUGCCACGACGACCAGGAAGCAGAUACAGGCAGACACAGCCCUCAUCAGAGAGAACGAGGCCCUCCGAAUGGAGCUGAUGAAGAUGAAGAUGUAUGUGACAGAUAUUCAGAAGAACAAUGGUGGGCAAUCCAAGUUAUCAAAGCGGCCCACCUUCUUCUCGUCAGUUUCGAAGACUCUGGGGAAGCUGAAUCCAUUCAGGCAUGGGUCGAAGGACACAUCGAACAUUGACGAUGGUGCGGAUGGUGUGGAUGUGACGAAACCGCGACGGCGGAGAUUUUCAAUCUCUUAAUUGGUUUUGUGUACAGAUUUCUUAAUUAGUGUUUGCUUGUGUGAUUUUUUUGUUGAGAGUGAUUGAGUUUGCUGUGGAAAGUGUAUUGAAUUAGUACAAUAUUUCGAAUUUUAUUGUA